UAGGCGGCGUGGCAGCGUGCUGGUGGCCCGGAGGACCUCCUGCCACCACCACCUGCCUCUCAGCAGGAGAUAAGAGGCCCCAGGCCCCUGCCCAUCCCGCGCGUGGACCCUGGCCCAGGGAGGACAGCAGCCAAGGGGAAGUAUGCUCGGGGACAGUCAGCCGUCCCUGCCCUCCCCUCCCUGGUCCACACCCUCAGGCUCCCCGCCCCCCCCCCACCCCCGGGCACAGGGGAGGAGGGGAGGCGGGGCGAGCCUAGCACUUCAACAAAAGGUGCCAGGGACCGGUGGCACAGAUCUGCCCAGAAAGACCACAGUGAGCACCCAGGGAGGCUGGUUGGGCCACAGGCCGGGCUCCCCACCACCGGGUCUGCACCCUCAGGCGGCAUGGCUGCCCACCCCGUGCUGGCUCUCGCGGCUCUCCUCUGCUCUGUGCCCCAGGUCGGCUCCAUGGUGCGGCUUCGACGGCCGGUCCAGGCGGUGCUGCUGGAGCCCCAAGGGAGGGACUGUUCUCAGAUCUGGAGGGAGAGGCCCGGGGCCCCCAGUGGAGUGUACACCGUCCAGCCAGAGGGAGCCGGCGCCCCGUUCCAGGCUCUGUGCGACAUGCGCGACGACGGCGGCUGGACGGUGAUUCAGAGCCGGGACUGGGGCAGGCCGCGGCGUCUGGACUUCGAGAGAUGCUGGCAGGAGUACAAACAGGGCUUCGGAGACUUGAGAGGCGACCACUGGCUGGGGCUGGAGCACAUCUCUGACCUGACCUCCCAGCCUGGCCUGCGCUCAGAGCUCGUGGUGGACCUGGGCGUGGACAACCACACGCUUCAGGGCCACUAUGACAACUUCCACGUGGAUGGGGAGGACCUGUUUUACCGGCUGACCCUUGGCCUGUACUCUGGGAACACAGGGGACGCGUUCCGGGGCUCCGGUGGCACAGACAAUCAAGAGGGCUGUGGCUUCAGCACGCUGGACCGCGACCAUGACCGCUGCUCGCCCUGCACGGACGGCACCCAGACCUUCACCAGCUGCAGCCGCGAUCGCUCAGGCGCCGGCUGGUGGUACAGCAACUGCGGCCAAGCUGACCUCAACGGGCUGUGGCCGGGGCGCGGAGGGGCCCCCUCAGGCAUGCGCUGGGCCGCGGGUGACCAUCAGCCCACCCUGCGCUCCAGCGUGCUGCGCGUGCGCACCACUGCUUCCCACAAGGCCUAGGCCCG